AUGCAUUCCUACCCAUCUUCCGGAUCUUUUCUCCCAAGUCAAUUGACUGGACCGUCCAACUUCCCAUCAAUCCCAAUGAAUAUGUCCCUAGCUCCUCAAAAUGGACCCUUCCAGCCAGCCUUUCGAGGUCCAGUGUGUAUGUCGGUGCUUCAAGGAUCCCAUCACGCCUAUCGUUCCUUACCAGGUUCAGUGACUAUGUCUGCAGUUCAAGGAUCACAGGUCCACCAUCACCACCAUCAUUAUCACCCACAGAUUGGAUUCGAGCAGAUGAGACGCUAUCAACAUGCAUUCCACGCUCAAGCGCAAGCUUAUUUCCAAUGGCAUCAACAGAUGGCUGCAAUGCAAAGUGCCCAAAUCUUUGGACCUCACCCCUUCCAACCUUUCCCGAUUUCUCCGAUUCAUACUGCAUCUCACAGGAACCCACUACAUCAACAAUAUUCCCAGAGGAGUGCAAAUGGAAGGCGUUUCAACAAAGAUCAACCAGCCUGUCCAGGUCCAAUGUGUAUGCCUGAACUUCAAGGAUCCCAUCCGGUAUAUUAUUCUCAACCAGGUACAGUGACUAUGUCUGCAGUUCAAGGAUCACAGGUCCAUCAUCACCACCAUCAUUAUCACCCACAGAUUGGAUUCGAGCAGAUGAGAAGCUAUUCACUUGCAUACCACGCCCAAGCCCAAUCAUACUUGGUACCAACAGAUGCUAUGCAAAGUGCCCAAAUCUUCGGACCUCACCCAUUCCAACCUUUCCCGAUUACUCGGAUCCACAAUGAACCGCACAUGAACCCAUUACAUCACCAAAGAAAGAUGGAUAAUUUGAUGUCUUUUUUGGGAAAAUCCAUAAAAUUAUUUCUGUUUCACAAUGAUGAGUAA